AUGAGCAAAGUUUCGUUUCGUACGCGCCAAAUCGACUUCAACAGAUCACUACCAAUCGUUAGAUAUGAUUCAGACUUGUUCUUUGAACUCGGCGAGGGAGCGUUUGUCAAUCGUGGAGCCCCUGCGGUCCCAAGUGGAAUGGAGCGUGAAGAGGAAAACGAACAUCACUUCAUCGAAGUGCUGCAGGCAUUACAGAUGCAGAAGAAUGCUAAUGUCAGCAUUCCUGUUCCUGAGAUCAUCGAUAAAUCUGAAGAAUAUGAAAAAAUCUACUCAGCUACCUUCUCUCUUCCUAGAAAUUUAAUUCACAUUCGCACAAUAGCCUUGGAGGACGAAGAGUCCGUCGAAUAUGACAUGGACUCCGAUGACGAGGAGUGGCUUCGUAGGAGUGGUUUAAAUUUGUCAUCAGAAGGUUUUGAAUGCAUGAUUGACCGGCUGGAACGGGGCUGCGGCCAUGAUGUCAUGAAUCUCGAGGACGCGCAGUUGUUACUUAGUGGUGAUCAGACCACCAUUAUUGCGGUUUACGACUAUUGGAUAAACAAGCGGGUGCAAUGUAGACAACCACUGAUUCUCUCUGUUCGCCAAGAAAAACGUGAAGGUGGAAGCAACAACGAUCCCUAUGUCGCAUUUCGGCGUCGAACUGAACGGAUGCAAACGCGCAAAAACCGGAAAAAUGAUGAGUACUCAUACGAGAAAAUGCUUUUGCUUAGAGAGCAGAUGGUGUCCCUAGGUGAAGUAGUCUCGCGUCUGGUAAAGAGGGAAGUAAGUAAAGAAGCCGCUAUUGAUGUAGACCGUCGAGUUUUUCAGUUGCGCUACAAGAUCGAAGACUGGGAAGCUGCCCAGCUAUCCGAAGCGGAUGCCGUCGCUCAAAAAACUCCCAGGUCUUUCGAACGCCUAUUUGCCCUUAGCACUCGAAAGCAUCUUACUUCGCGAAAGCGGAAGAUCUCAGGACGGUCUUUGGAGAACGCGCUCGUUGACUCAUCGGACACGUCGGACGCGGAGGGCAGCCAGGCUCGAAACGAUCCUAUUUCCUUCAUUCGGUUGUCUGGUUGCAAAUAUCAGAGACCAUCAGAUUGCCGAUGCUUUCCCGAAGCGAUUCGUGAAGAAAUGUUUUGUCUCUCUCGAAUCGAUCGCGUAUGCCACAACUCCCGACACACUCAAACAGGUUAUCUGCGUCGCCGUUUUGGCAGAGGCGGUCGGACGCACUUUGAUCGUGUGCAAUCAUCAGAAGACGUAGAUAGUUACCUCCACCGGCUUGAUUCCCUGCCCUCACCCCCAGAGACCCAAACUCUCCAACUUCAGCGUUUCGAUCGUUCUGGCGGUCUUGUUCCUUGUAACGGUUCCCCUGCUGAUUUCAUAUCGAACGAACCGCCUGGUACUCCAACUCACCCAAGUCUUUCUCCCACUAAUGAAAACGUUCUUUUCAAACGUUUUCAAUUUUACCUGCGAAGUCUCUCCAAGCAUCGGUUAGCCUUUAGCCUUUCUAGACUAACGGGUGGUCGCUGCAUCAGCAGUGGCUGGUUCGGUAGCUCAGGAAACAGCAUUUACUCACGCUCAAUCUCUGAUACUGUAUAUAAGAUUUCGGUUAGCCCCUCUUCGAAUUCGCUUCCUCCGUCAGACGCCGGAUCCUCACUAGUUGGGAAGCCUGCCUCCACCACUGUUGCAGUGAAAUCGGUGUUGGCAAUGAGGGGCAAAAACCACCACCAAUGCCGCCGAGGCGUAGAUACAGCACUCACAGACCCGCUGUGUCCGGUGGUGACAUCCCCGAGCGAUGGUGGCGAUGGCGCCGCCGUUUGUGGCAAGGGUCGCGUAGCACCAAUUGACAGCUCCGCCACGCGCACAACUGUGCAAAGCGACGCAUAUACAAGCGGUCGAUUGGCACCCGCUGAAGAGGUCGAGAUCCUCCAGUGA